AUGGCAGAUGUGGAUUUAAGCGAGGCAGAGAAGACUUUCAUUCUACACGGGAUUCAGGACAACUUUCGUGAAGAUGGUCGGGGGUGUGAAGAUUUCCGUCAUAUGGAAGUAGAGACUGGCCUUAUAUCAAACACGAAUGGAUCCGCUCGUGUAAGAUUGGCAAGCACAGAUGUUUUGGUUGGAGUUAAAGUUCAGCUGACCCCGGUCAACCCUAAGAAACCAGAAGUUGGUCGACUUGAUUUCUUUCUUGACUGUUCAGCAAAUGCAACACCGGCCUUUGAAGGACGAGGCGGGGAGGAGUUAGCUUCAGAGAUCACUGCAAUGCUGUCAAGAGCCUACAAUUCACCAGGUGUCAUUGAUUUCACAUCAUUGUGUGUUCUUCCUGGUCAGCAGUGUUGGUUGUUGUAUGUUGAUAUUCUGUUGCUAGAGUGUGGAGGCAACUUAUUUGAUGCAGUAUCUAUUGGAGUAAAGGCAGCACUUUUUAAUUUACAAAUUCCUAAUGUUACAAUGACCAGAGAUGAAGGAGGAAUUGAACUGGAUGUUUCUGAUGAUCCUUUUGAUUUCAAAAGGCUUGAUGUGACAGGGGCUCCAGUUAUUGUAACUGUUAACAAGAUUGGACGCUGCCAUGUUGUCGAUGCUAGCGAGAAAGAAGAAGCAUGUUCUUUGGCCAGAAUACUGCUGGGUGUCACAGAAAGCGGCACCAUAACAGCCAUGAGGAAAGAAGGAGCUGGAAGUUUGGACAUUGACAGUGUGUCAGACAUGACUGAU